GAUGCUCAUCUUUUCAAUGUAAAUAUUAGUGCACAUGUGAGAGAUGACUCUAUUGCAUUUAUUUUUUAGCAGCAUGGAUUCAAUGACUUCAGCAGGCCCCCAGGCCAAUACUGUGUUUGUGAUGGCACCCCACAAUGGGUAUCCUGUGAUCCCAGGAAGCAUGUCUCAGGUGCCCCAAUAUCCACUCAACCAGCCCCAAGUCCACACAAUUUCUGGGAAUCUACAUGGUUUGGAGCCGCCUGUAUAUACGCAACCUGACCAGAGAUCCUUUAAAGAGGGCAAGGUUUUAGGGGCCAUCCAAAUCCUGAUCGGCCUGAUACACAUUAGCCUGGGCAUCAUCCUGGGGACCAUCAUCCCUGGGCACUACACAGCUAUCUCAUUCUACGGAGGCUAUCCCUUCUGGGGAGGCAUCUUGUUCAUCAUUUCAGGAUCCCUCUCAGUGGCAUCAGAACACCUACCGAGAUCUUCUUGCCUGCUGAAUGGCAGCUUGGGCUUGAACAUCAUCAGUGCAGUCUGUUCUAUGGUUGGAAUCUCGCUGCUCAUCACAGAUCUGAUUAUCAACCCCCUACAUUAUUACUAUCCCAACUACCAUCUUUACUGGGGUGUGUCCCCUGGAGUAGUUACUUCUGCCAUGCUGCUCAUCUUUAGCCUCCUGGAGUUCUGCAUUGCCUGCAUGUCUACCCACGUUGGCAACCAACUACUCCGCCAUUCACACAACCGCGGGCCGGUGGUCUUCCAAACCAUCUACACCAAUCCAGAACCAUUGAACUUGCCACCAGGUUUCAAUGUGGUUCAGGGCUCCCGAUAA